AUUGGCGUGCGUCAAAAUAACCCAAACUUCUUUUGACAAACGCGACGCCACAAAUUCCCGUGGGAGAUUGCAUUGAAUACGAAGUCGCAACGUACAUGACAAACUCGGAUACACAACCAACAUGAGCAACAACCCAAACAAUCCCAGAUGUUCUACCCGGCCCAAACGGCAGGAUGCCUCAGGCAGGGGCUCGAGGGGGAAUUUUUCCGCCAACAGGACAAGGAGUUCGAGACUUAACAUGUCAGGGGCCACUUUCACAAUACCAGGAUGCAAUUCGUGUAUCCCCCAAGAUAUGCAGGGUUCCAUAAUAAAUGCAUCGUUUUUACCAGGCAGAGCACCUAGUAAUCUAAACUGGACUUCGAACGAUUUAGGAAUAUCCAGUUUAAUGCAGAUGUCAAGGAACGCCCAGCAGAGCAAAAGAAAGGUGCAGGAGGUGAAACCGCCGCCGCCUGAAGACACCGCAGACCCGAGAUUCCUGAUAAAAAACCUACCGAUGGACACCGAAAAUGAGGACCCCGAAGUCAACAAGAAGCAGAAGGAGACCAUAAUGGAGUGGUUCGACAGGAACGUGGAGAAGGAGCUGCAGAAGCGACACGAGUCGGUCGCGGACGCGGGAAACAACCCGGAAGACAUGAAGGUCCCGAAGAAGGGACUUCCGGUCACGGACGAGUACAUGAGCAGGAUGGCGGAGUCCGGCGCCAGCGGCAUCGAAGUCGAGACGAAGUUCCGCAUGGAGAAGGACUCGGAAAUGGCCGCCGCAGUGGACAAGCUGGCCAUGGCGGAGGCUAUGAUCUCUUUCGCGGGAGCCGUCAAAGCAGCCGAAGCUGCCGUCGAGAUGGCGCCGCCGGAAAAAGCCGAAGAGGCAGCCGUGGAAGGCGUGAAGCUGUUUCACCAAGCCAACACGCACGUGAACGCCGCCAAAGAAAACAUGAAAGGGAUCAAGCCGGUGGAGAUUAUCGGUUAUAUAGGUGUCACUAAGCCCAAGGACAUAUAACCAGAUUUAGAUGUUUAUAUUUAAUUAAGGAAAUAAAAUUUUAGAAUGUACAUGUAUUAUUUUAUUAAUGUAA